AGGACAAUGACGACCACAACGACGACGACGGCAGCAGCCAACGGGCAUGCUCAUGCUCAUCACUCACACCAUAACGGCGCCUCACAUACGCACCAUCAUCAUCACCAUGGCCCGCUUACGGAGAAGCAUCUCAACCCAGCGAUAGUAUCAGCAUCCUACGCUGUCCGCGGUCCACUCGCAACCAAGGCAGAACAAUAUCGAGCCCACAUAAAGGCCAAGGGGGACGCACACCAGCUCCCCUUCAAAUCCGUCGUCACUGCCAACAUUGGUAAUCCUCAACAACAAGGACUCGACCAACCCCCGAUCACAUUCUUCCGCCAGGUAGCAGCGCUCACAGAGUACCCCCCGCUGGUUGACGACCCCCGUGCGGAGGCGCUCUUCCCUGCCGAUGUCCGUGCACGCGCAAGAGAGCUGCUCCAGGAAGUCGGCAGCACCGGUGCAUACUCGCAUUCGCAGGGCGUGCCCGCGAUACGACAACACGUUGCGGACUUCAUUACUGCGCGGGACAAUCUCCCCCCCGAGCUGGCCAGCAAGCCCGAAAACAUCUUCCUCACUGCCGGGGCAUCCCAGGGCGUCUCCCUCAUCCUCCAAAUACUCAGUACGAAGCAGACCGGCAUCCUCAUCCCCAUCCCCCAGUAUCCGCUCUACACCGCCACGCUCGCAGCGCUCGAUACGAACGCGCUCCCGUACCACCUGAACGAGGGGGAUGACUGGGGGCUAGAUCCUGCCAGUGUAGAGCAGGCGAUUGCUGACGCGCACGAGAAGGGCAUCUCGCCCCGCGCACUGGUCGUCAUCAACCCUGGGAACCCGACCGGCAGCGUACUGCACAAACCGGUGAUGAAGGCCAUUCUGGAUAUCUGUGCAAAGAAUCAUCUCGUGCUCCUGGCGGACGAAGUGUACCAAGUGAAUAUCCACGACCCGACACGCGAAUGGGUAUCCUUCUCCUCCCUGGCGAGGAAGGAGCCUUCAGAUCCUAAGAUGGCGAUCGUCUCCUUCCACAGUAUUUCCAAAGGCGUGGCAGGCGAGUGCGGCCGCCGAGGGGGUUACUUUGAGUUACUCAACUUCCCCCCGGAAGUGACGGCGCAGAUCUACAAGAUGGCUUCUGUUGGCCUGUGCCCGCCUGUACAGGGCCAGAUCGCAGUGGACUGUCUUGUUCGCCCGCCGAAGCAGGGGGACCCGAGCUGGGAACUCUACGAACAGGAGAGCACUGCCAUCGCUCGCGCUUUGAAGGAGCGCACGGAGACCAUGGUCUCCCGUCUGAAUGCGCUCGAGGGGAUCUCAUGCCAGCCGAGCUCUGGUGCACUCUACGUCUACCCACAGCUUUUCCUCCCCCCGCGCGCGGUGGAGGAAGCGAAGAAGCACAAGCAGGAGGCGGACGAGUACUAUGCUGAGUGCCUGCUUGACCAGACGGGGAUAUGUGUUACCCCUGGAUCAGGGUUUGGGCAGAAGGAGGGAGAGGCGCAUAUCAGGCUGACGGUGCUCUGUCCCGGAGUGGACGAGUAUGUCGGAAGGAUAGAACGCUUCCACAGGGCGUUUAUGCAGAAGUGGGCAUGAGGUAUAUGUAAUUCAUCCGUUUUUUUUCUUGUAUUUGCUUUCUUUUUCCUUUCCCCGGGCAGGGCGUAUCUUACCAAAUGGGUUUUUGUUUGCACCCACGCACAACUCGAUAAAAUUUAACAAUAGUCGUUUU